GGAGGCAACUGUAACUGGAGACUGCAGAUAUUUCUUUUAAUAUUGUGUUGGGGUUUUUGGGGUUCGGGUUCGCGUGGCGGGGGCAAGAGCGCGACAUGGACGGCAAACGGCAACGGCAACGACGAUGACAUUAUUUUAUUUAUGCUGUGAUAGUGAAAUACCAACACCAACAACAAGAAGAACAUCAACACCAAAGAAACGAAUCAAACGCAAUAUUUUCGCCGAGAGGAGGAGGAGGAGAGAAACCUAAUUAAAUGAAAUAAAAUUAAACUAGUCAAACCAAACCAACAAAACCAAAAAGCUUUAACCAAAAGAGAAAAAAACACCAAGCAAGACGUUGCAAAUAAUUAUUAAUGAUAAAACUUAAAUGAAUAGUGAAAACCAAGCACCAAUUAGCGCAUAACCUAUAAAUGAUAGUCAAUAUGUUUAGCUAGUUACAAUUUAUAUACAUACAUAAAUAGAUACUACUAAUUAGUGGCUUUAAACGAAACACCAAACCAAAACCAAACCAACCGCAAGCAAAAACCAAUACUUAUGCAGUUCAAUUGUAUGGAACGAAUAACUACAACUAACGAAUAACGAUUAGGGAAUCUAGACACACUACUGAUAAGGAUAGCGAAAAUAUUAAGCUUAUUUGCAAAUAGAAAAUAAUAAUAGCAACGCCCCCCUCCCCUCGACCGUGCUCUAAAAGCCCGAGAACCGAAAAUUUCAUUCAGAAAACGUGCCACACAAACAAACAGCCGGACGGGACGUAUAGUCCCGCAAAUGUCAAAGUCAUAAAGAGAGAGAAUAACCGCAAAGGAGAGAGCGCACACAAAUAGAGAGAAAGAGAGAGAGAGAGAGCACAGAGAGUGAAAGCACAGCGGAGUGCGGGAAAGCUCAAGCGCAUAAUUCAAAUGUUAAAACCAUAAGGACAACGAGGAAAGCGCAGGAUAAAAGCUCUUCCCUAGACACAAGCCAGUCCCCAGUCCAACAUGGCAACAACAGCAGCAACGGGGAUAACGGCAGCUGGAACGGGAACAACGGGAACGCACCACCACGACGAUGCCAGCAGCAUGAGCGACGACGUCUUCGAGGAUGCGGAGACCACACAGGCCCGCAUCGAGGAGCUGCGACGCCGGCCCUUUGGCGAUGGCUGUUACAAUCCCCCCGCCGCACCCGUCUCAAUAUCAGCCACAGUGGCAGCUUCCGCAUCCGCAGCAACAACGACACAGCAGCAGCAACAGCAGCAGCAGCAGCAGCAUCAUCAUCACCAUCAUCAUCAGUAUCCGCAUCAUCAUCAAAGCCAGCAGAGCCUGACGGGCAGCAGCCAUCACUACCAUGACGACGCCAUAAUGGCGCCCGUGCAGCGGACGGCCACAGGAUAUCCGGGCUAUCGACCCUCCCGAGAAGCUCUCCAAAUGUACGCCUACGGCACUGGAGAUGAUUACGACGACUACGACGAUGGCUGGCGCUCAUAUCGUUACGACGAGGUGGACAUGCACCAGGCACAGCCAACGGCCAAUUUGCAACCCUUCGACGACACGGUCAAUCACAAGACGAUACUGCUGGGCGACUCUGGCGUGGGCAAGACAUCCUUCCUGGUCAAAUACAAUACGGGCGAAUUCCGGCUGGGCUCCUUCUCGGCGACGGUGGGCAUUGCUCUGACGAACAAAGUGGUCGUCGUCGAUGGCACACGCGUCAAGCUGCAAAUCUGGGACACGGCCGGGCAGGAGCGUUUCCGCAGCGUUACACACGCCUACUACCGGGAUGCACACGCUUUGCUGCUGCUGUACGAUGUGACCAACAAGACCACCUACGACAACAUACGCGCCUGGCUGGGGGAGAUCAGGGAGUACGCACAGGAGGACGUGGUCAUCGUUUUAAUAGGCAACAAGGCCGAUUGCAGCGGCAGUGAGCGACAGGUGAAGCGGGAGGAUGGCGAACGCCUGGGCAGGGAGCACAAUGUGCCAUUCAUGGAGACAUCGGCCAAGACGGGACUCAAUGUGGAGCUGGCCUUUACAGCGGUGGCUAGGCAGCUGAAGAGUCGCGGCUACGACCACGGCGAUGAUGGAAAAUUCAAUGUGCAUGAUUUUGUGCGUGACAAUACAAAGGCGCGCUCCGUCUGUGCCCAGUGCCGGAACAUGUAAUUUUUGUACACCCACAUCCACCCCGAUUCCUUGCACAAAAGAUUGACAGGAAAAAAUCCCGACAAAGCGAGGCAGGAACGAGACAGAGAUCAAAGGGAAAAAGGUCGAUGGGUAUGGGCAGGAGCUGGGCAAAAGUCGAACUUCUGCAUUUAAUAAAAAAACACAGAAAGCACACACACAAACACAACCCACAGAUACACCUACAGACAGGACACACACACAUACAUAUGUUGGCACCAAUUUCUUAAGACCCUAGCGGAUAGUACGGGGGGACAGAGCAGGAAGAAGUACUCUUGUUGGUAUGUGCGGUAUGGUUAGCAUUUUGUAUGUAAAUUGGAAUUUUUGGUUAACGUUUGGGGGGGUGCAGACAGAUAUGUACUUUAAGGCGUGCCACGAGUGCAUAAAAUAUUGAACAAUAUAUAUAUAGAGGAUAUAUAGAAACAUAUAUGAUAUAUCCAUAUACAAGAAAACAAAUGCAUAAAUGUACUUUAUUAAAAAGAGGCAAACCCCUCAACUAAGCAGAGAAGAAGCAACAACAAAACUCACUCCAAACCGGAUUAGGAAUUGGAAAUCGUGAACGUAUGUAAAUCGCAGCAAAAUCAUGCAACAUUGAGAUUUGUCCAGCACGUCCUUGGGCAAGGAAUGGAUGCAAGGAUGCCACCAAAUCCUAGUCAACAAAAAUACAAUCACUCAAUUUACCUAUAAACUAUAAACAAAAAACAACUAAAAACAAUUAUUAUUAUACCUAAUUACCAAACAUUUUUUUGGUUCUCUAUUGUUAAACAACUUAAUUGUUAUGGCCUAUCGUUAAGUUUUUAAAUCCACUCCAAAAACCAACCACAAGAAUGUUGGCUUGAACUUUGAAAAUUAUUUACACACAGAAAAAACACUAAUGAAUACCCCUUGCAAUUAAGUUAGUUAAAGCUCUUCUAAUUAAGCCCCAUCUGCCACACACAACAUAAACCAAGUCAUAGCAGGAGGAGUGUUACAAAUAAUCAAAGUUAUAACUAUAAUCUCCACGGCCCCCGCAACAACAGAGAGCGCGCAGCGGUAAACGCAACGAGAUGCGUGCACACUACAAAUAUAUCAUAUGCGGGAGGCGAACAAACUAGCAGCUAAAACAGCGUUAUAUCCAAGCAGACGGAAUGUCUAUACCAUAAACAACAAAUACAUAUUUACAUUGAAUGUGGUU